AGCUUCAGUUCCGUUCAAAUUAUCCGCCUGCUCCUUCAAUAAUGCUUGAUUGUUUGUGUAUUACAUCAUAAGAAUAACUUUCCAACAUGGCGUCGGGUCUAACGGCAGCGAUGGAGUCGGAGGACCUGACAGCCCAUCCUGGAUUCAGCAACGACAAAUACUCAAUGUUGAUUGUCAUCGGUGCGCUCUAUAGACCGCAUAUACUGGACUAUAUUGUGGUGGAGAUUGAACGAGGUAUCCGUGCAUGGGAUGUGGACCUGACUGUGUGUAAUUUGGAUGAGAAGCUGAAACUUUUUGUUUCUCAGCAUUCUUCUCAUCAAUCCAAAGACAUAAGAGGUCAGAAGACAUUUCAUUUCAGUUCAGAUGUACUGGACAUUAAAGUUGUAAUAAAUCCAUCUGAAGGGUUUCUCUACUCUGAGGUCCACAGCUUGAUAUCAUCCACACCUCGACACAAGUUGCUGGUGCUCACAGGACAGUCUCUUGAGGACUCCGGGGAUCUGGUCCUGCAUACGGGCCAGUUCACUCCAAAUGACUUCAACCAGAUCUUUUCAGAUGAAGAGAUUCAAGCUUUGUUAAAUUCUGUUAGCAUACAUGGCAAAGCAAACCUCACCUUAAGUUGCCCUAAAACUGGAAAAUGGAAAAACUCUGUGCAAGGGAAGCACAACAUACAUGACAUUAUUGAAAUUAAAGUGAAUCCUCUAAUGGUACUACCCAAAAUGGGGGGCCUCCAAGAGUUCACGGACCACCUUUUUGAGUCCUCAGAGCCACAGUCUCCAUUUGACCUCUUGGAGCCUCCUGGCACAGUGGGAUUUCUCAAGCUAUGCCGUCCGUGCUGUUAUGUCUUUCCAGGCGGCAGAGGCGACUGUGCUUUUUUUGCUGUUAAUGGCUUUAAUGUUUUGGUCAAUGGUGGAGCAGAUCCACGCUCUUGCUUCUGGAAGCUUGUCAGGCAUUUGGACCGUGUUGAUUCAGUGUUGCUUACACAUGUUGGAACAGACAACCUGCCGGGAGUUACCAGCCUGCUGGAGAGGAAGGUCGCAGAGCUUGAGGAAAAUAAAACUGACUCACAGGAAAAGGAGCAAUGGGCAAAGAAUCUAAUCUCUCCAGAGCUUGGUGUGGUUUUCCUCAAUGCCCCAAACAGACUUAAAAAAGUUCAGGGGGAUCCUAAUGUACUACGAAGCAGUGAUCUAGCAUCACAUAUUUUACAGCAUUUGGAAAAACUAAAGAUCUCACCAGAACCACUGUUACGCAAUUCAAGUGGCUCUAUAGAACCUGUUAUUUUGUUUCAGAAAAUGGGAGUGGGAUGUCUUGAACUUUACAUCCUAAAUCCAGUCAAACGUAGCAGAGAAGUAGAGUCUUUCAUGAAUAGCUGGCCAGAUAAUAGUUCUAAAUCCAAGAGUUUAGAUGCCCACCUAAAUUCUUUGGUCUCUAUAUGUGCUUUGCUUGUUUGGCAUCCUGCUAACCCAAUGGAGAAAAUCAUCAGAGUCCUCUUCCCUGGCUCUACACCACAAGCGAAAAUAAUGGAUGGUCUGGAGAGACUGAAGCAUCUUGAGUUUCUAAAGCGGCCUGUAGUGUGCUCCAAAGAUUUAGAAACAUCAAAAUCAGAAAAGAAUCCAAAAGUUGCAGACAGUCAGGAUAGUCCCAAAUCUGGUAAAAAUGAAUCCAGACUAAGCAACGGUGCUUCAAAGGACCGAGCACUUCGUGGAGAUCUAGAACUAAAAGACAAAACCAAAGGAAUAAAUGGGACUGAUUCAAAAAUUGAGGAAAAGCUGAAAUCGAUAGAAAGCAAUGUGAAGUAUAAACCCUCCAGACUAGUUACAAGAAAGGAGUCUUUGAAGGACAGAAGCAAUGACAAAACAAACGUAUCAGACUCAAAGAAACAAGAAAAUGGACAGAAAAAAAUGUCAGGUAGCAAAGAUUCUUCAGUGAGAAGACCAAAGUCAGACGGCAAAACUGAAGAGAGAAAGUCUCUUGGGAAAGAUAUCAAGAAAUCCUCCACUGGAUCACUGAACUCAAAUAAAGCCAGUAAUGUAAAAAAUGAAGCAAAAUUAAACAAACAGGCUGAGGACAAAUCUAAAAACUUUAAAUCUAACAAGGAGCAGCAAAAUCAGAAAUUGUCAACAGACUCAGAAGACGUAAAUCGCUCUAUGUCUUCACCAGAAGAUAUGACAGCAGCAUUUCUGGAAAUGGAUCAAGAACAACAUGAAUUACUUGUGAAGAGUCAAACUGUUGACUCUGGGAACCUGAAAUAUGUUUCAACAGGGAGUGUGCAAUCUCAGUGUAGUAGCAUUGUAAACACUAGCAAAGCUGCAGCAUCUGCAAGAUUCUCUGUCAAAAUAAAAAAUGAGCGAUGUGUGAAUCUAGACCUUACUCCAACUGAAUAUACUUUGCUCGAUGGGGCUUUGAAAGAAAAUAUUUUAACAAAUGAGCAUGGGGAUGUUUGUGUCAGUCCUGAUGAAAAGACACUAGAGCUAACAUCUCCUAGAUCAGGUCCAAAUAGUGCUGGUCAUACUCCAUAUCACUUGUCACCCGAAGAGACCUGGGCCUCAAAAGAUCAUAGCAGCUUUGGGGUUAAAAUGUGUCUUGGAUCAGAGAGCCAACAAAUGGGAUUAUCCAAGCUUUCAGAGUCUGGCUGCCCUAAAAGUAACCAAGAGAGCAUCUCAUCUUCUUCCAAAGAGAAGCAUUCUAGUUUCCUAUCUCUUAGCUCUUUCAAGGAUAUAAUGCCUGAUAUAUCUCCCACUGUUACCACUACUCACUCAAUGCCUGCGGAAGUAAGUUCACCACAGUCCACUGAGGUUGAUGAGUCACUGUCAAUGUCUUUUGAACAAGUGCUGCCAACAGUAAGCGAGUCCACCAACGAAGACGAAACAUCCUAUUCUAAUGGACACCAUGUCAGUUCUGAUUUCAAAGUAGGGAUGUCUUUGUCUUUAAAGAAGCCUCACACUCAGAGGGCACCUCAUGAUGGUUCAGAUGGGUGUUCAUCUGGACCUCAGGGUCUAUUGUUUGAUACUACUCAUGAGGUUGACCUCUGCUUGGUCUCUCCAUGUGAGUUUAAACAUUUUAAACCGGUUGGUGAUCAAGACGAUCCAGUCUCACCAGGUUUUAAUAACACCAGUCCAUUAAACCUUUCUGAUGAUAGUGACCACUCCCAAGAUGCAGCUAAACCCCUUCCACCUUCAUGUUCUGUCAAUAAGGCCACUCAUGCAGCUCAGGAGACCCCUCUUACUUCUAGCAGUGACUAUUUUCCAAUGGCAACAGACUCAGAUGUACAUCCAGGGGUAGAGGAUUGCCCAUCCAUUUCAGCAGAUGGACUUCUGGAUUCUGAUGAAGAAGGUGGUGUCCAUCUGCAAACGCAAAACCAAAGCGAUGAUUUGAAUUCUUACAGAGGAAAUCACACUUUGCCAAAGGAUCCCCCACCUGCACCUGUGAAAGACUUACCUCCUCUUCCCCCUCAGCCUGGUGCCUGUAUGCCUGAUCCUGUUAGUGGUGUAAAGUCUGCCACAAAAAGCAGAAAAGCUGCAGGUGUUACGCAGAGGUUAACAUCUUCUAGUGUUUCAACACAAGGCUCCAAAACCAGAGCUGGAAGUCAGGGCACUUCAGUUAGUGGCUCAAGAAGCAGCUCAGUGGGAGACAUAAUGGCUAGUCGUAGCACAGGCUCCACUUCUAAAAGAUCCACAACAGCAGGUAGCAAGGUUGGCACUUCAAUAUACUUGGACCUGGCUUACCUUCCAUCAAGCCAUGCAGCUUCCACUGUUGAUGUUGAGUUCUUUUGCCGCUUACGAUCAUCUUGUUACAUAAUAAGUGGGGAUGACACACUUAAGGAAGGCUUGAUGAGGUCCAUUCUGGAUGCAUUAACAGAAGGAAAAUCUGUAUGGCCUGAGGACGUGCAGGUGACCCUGAUUCCCACAUUUGAAUCACUUAUGAUGCAUGAGUGGUACCGGGAAACCCAAGAAAAACAACGGCAGCUGGGAAUUACAGUCCUAGGCAGCAACAGCACUGUGGCUAUGCAGGAGGAGACAUUCCCUGCUUGUAAAGUAGAGUUCUGCUAGAUUGACAUACCCUUUGUGUAUCCCAGGGGUUCUCAACCCUGGUCCUGGAGGGCCACUGUCCUGCAGAGUUAUGCUCCAACCUUGAUCAAACUUAGCUUAAUUAGCUGGUUCAGGUGUGUUUGAUUAAUGUUGCAGCUAAAAUAUGCAGGGCAGUAGCCUUCAAAGACCAGGGUUGAGAAAGCCUGGUGUAAUCCCAUGCUUAUUUAAAGUUGCACAUGCACAUUUUUGCCACUUUACAUUUUUUUGUUCAUGGCAGAUGCUUUAUCAAACAAAUAUUAUGUUUGUGAAAGGUUUCUUAGCAGGUGUCUGGGGCCUAAAAUACACAAUAAUAUCACAAGUAUUGAAUAAAAAUAUAUAGAUGCAUUUACUCUAGGAGUGUAACUGCACUGGUUUAUUAUUAAAAGUGUUUACUAGAUUCCCACUUUGCCGAAAUAGUCCUAAUUAAAUACUGCAAACUUCAACAUAGCCCACCUCUGCAUGAAGAUCACUGGAAACAGUCAUUCAGAAAGAGAAACAGAUUAGCAGUGCCAGUGGAGGUUAGAUUAAGAAUGGCACAGAUAUUUCUAUUUCAAAUGUCUAUACAGAUCAGAUCACACAACAUAAUUACAAAGAGAGCUAUUUUUAUAUUUUGAGAUUUACUUUGUUUUGGGUUGCUCUUAAAGGAUGGUGUUUAAGCCAUUGCCCAGUCCCUUCGACUGUUUGGGGACCAGUAACUUCACACUAAGUCACACAAAUAUUGUAUGAAUGCAGUACACUAUAAUAGAAUAUCACUAUGAAAUCUUCAGAAAUAUGACGGCAUGAAACAGAUAUUUUAGUUCAUCCCAAUUGGAAAUGUGAUGAGUAGUAGAAGCUUGACACACAAAGUGUACAGUAACUGUAGUACAGAGGCUCUACUGUACCUACUGUGUUUCUGUUAAAUACUGAGAGCUGUAGGGCAUACUGGCCUAUAUUCAUUUAUUUUUUAAAAUGCAUCUCCUUAAUUCAGCACUGUAAAAAGAAUGGUAAGUUUGUGGGGUGCAAGAAUUUUGAAUCCAUGUAUUGCUACACUCACAUAGAGGAAAGCGUGUAUACGUAUAUGUAAUAUGAACUAUAUGAAUUAAAACAUUAAAAUGUCA